GACAAGCCCUACAAGUGUGAUGAGUGUGGGAAGAGCUUCAGAUGGAACUCGGGGCUCAUCAUGCACCAGCGGAUCCACACCGGGGACAAGCCCUACAAAUGUGGUGAGUGUGGGCAGAGCUUCAGGCAGAGCUCGGAUCUGGUCAAUCACAAACACAUCCACACUGGGGAGAAGCCCUACAAGUGUGAUGAAUGUGGGAAGAACUUCAUGUGGCUCUCAGGUUUGAGUUGCCACCGGCAAACCCACAGCAUGGAGAAGCCCUACAAGUGCAGUGACUGUGGGAAGAGCUUCAGCUACAACUCGUCCCUCAGCAAGCACAAGCGUAGACACACGGUGGAGAAACCCUACAAGUGUGGAGAUUGUGGGAAGAGUUUCUAUGAGACUUCAUCCCUCAUCGUCCACCAACGAACCCACACUGGGGAGAAACCCUUCAAGUGUGGUGAGUGUGGGAUGAGCUUUAAGCAGAGCUCCAAACUCAACCGUCACAAGCGGACCCACAGCGUGGAGAAGCCCUACAAGUGUGAUGAGUGUGAGAAGAGCUUUAGAUACAGCUGGUCCCUUAUCAGGCACCAGAGCAUCCACACUGGGGAGAAACCCUACAAGUGUGAUGAGUGUGGGAAGAGCUUCAGAUACUACUGGUCCCUCAUCAGUCACCAGCACAGACACACUGAUGAGGGUCCCUAUGUGUGUGGGGAAUGUGGGCAAAGCUUCACCAGCAGCAAGUCCCUUGGCAACCACAAACGUGUCCACACCCAGAAUAAACCCUACAAGUGUGAGGAGUGUGAGAAGAGCUUCAGCAUCAUCUCAUCCCUCAUCAAGCACCAGCAGAUCCACCUGGGAUAA